AUGCGUCUGAUUCAGUGUGGUGAGAUGUCUCGAGCUUCACAAAUUUUGACUAGUCAGGGUCUUGCUCCUACUACUGAUGACACUGUAAGCAAGCUCUCAAGCAAACAUCCUAAGCGAAGGACAUCUCAGUUGUCUCACGAUGAUUUUCACGAGCAAGAGAAAUCAGAGCAUCCUUUUUCUUUAAAGAAGGAAGCUUAUUUUGAGGCCAUAAGGAAGGCACCCAGAGGAAGUGGAGCAGGGCCUUCUGGUUGGCGAUAUGAACAUCUUCGUGGGCUCCUGGAGAAUGAUUUGACUUGUAACUUGUUCUAUGGAGUGUGCUCGCUCAUUGCAGAUGGUAAAGUUCCGGAUUCAGUUCUGCCACUUCUGACAGCAUCUCGACUCAUUGCCUUACCAAAAGUAAAUUCUGAUGUAAGACCCAUUGCCAUCGGUGAAGCUAUCAGGAGAAUUACAGCUAAGGCUCUGUGUAUUCAGCUGAAUGAAUCUUUCUGCUCCUACUUUUCCCCCAUACAACAUGGCAUUGCUACACGUGGUGGGGCAGAGUUAUUGAUACACCACAUUUCGUUUCUCAUGGAGAGCAAUCCCGACUGUUCAGUUCUCUCUACGGAUGUAAAAAACGCCUUUAACUCGGUAUCAAGGGAUAGCAUACUCAAAGAAUCAAAGAAGAACUUUCCUGAAAUCUAUGCCCAUGUGAGACAAAUGUAUGAUAGACCAAGUACUUUGAUAUAUGUCAACGGUCAGGGGACGGUGAAAUUGCAGUCAGAAGAAGGUGUCCAUCAGGGUGACCCCCUUGGACCAGUUUUGUUCUCGGCAGCAUUACACCCCAUUGUAACAGUUAUUCAGAAUAACCACCCGGGCAUUACGCUUUUGGCAUAUCUGGAUGAUGUCUAUGUUCUGGGACCACCAAAAGAUGCUUUAGCAGUCCUUUUGGAUUUGAAGGCAUCCCUUUCUGAGAUCGGUCUAGAAAUCAAAGAUGAAAAAUGCAAAUUGUAUUUUCCCACUGCUCCUGAUAAUUUCAGCGCUGGUGUCCCAGUUAGCAAAGAUGGAAUCGACGUGUUGGGGUCACCUGUAGGCAAUCAUGAUUAUGUUCAGUCUAGGUGCCUGGCUGUGGCUAACAUGGGCAGCUCGUUGUGUUCAAAGCUACUUGAACUUGACGACCCUCAGUGUGGCCUCCUUUUGCUCAGACAUUGUCAUGUCCCCAGGCUGAAUUUUUUGGCUAGGACUGUGCCACCUGACAGGUUACUGCAUGCAGCUGUUUGUCAUGACCACCUUACAAGGGCUACUUUCACUGACAUGGUUGGUUUGAACGAAUUGGAUGACACCGGAUGGAGCCAGGCCACUCUGAAGGUCGGGUUCGGCGGAUUUGGCUUAUCAUCAACUCAGAAGAUGGCUCACCUAGCAUUUCUGGCGUCAUGGGCACACUCUUUGAAAGAACUGCCAUUGAGAUUUCCACCUCUGAAAGAUCGUUUAGAACGGUUUAUUGAAGGUAGCAAUACAGGACAACUUAUUCGUACAUUGGUGGCAAAACUACCACCCAAGUCGGGUGCAGAUGAUGACGAGCAGUUUCACACCUUAGAGCAGAUGACAGAAUACCCUAGAAAAUUGCAACAUCGCCUGACGGUAGACGCUUCUCAUAAACGAUCAGAAGAAGUUAUCAAAAGCAUGAACUCAGAGAGACAUGUUGCAAGGAUCAGGUCCUUACACGGAAAAGGAGCUGGAGCAUGGCUAGAGGUAAUACCAACUUCAGACAAGAACGCACUGAAGCCGAAUGAAUUUCGUGUAGCGUCUUGUAUGAGGUUGGGUGCUGGUUUGCCUUUCAGCCGGCUGCUUAAGACGUGUGACUGUGGAACUGAGCUGGAUCGCGAGGGCUACCACCUUUUGACAUGUAAAUAUGGAGGUGGACCUGUGUGGACGCAUAACUCCAUAGUGUCUGCAUGGAGUGAUUGCCUAAGCGAUUUACUCAUUCCCCAUCAAAUAGAACCGAGACAGCGAUUUGUAGACAACGAAAACCGGCCUGACAUCACGCUUUACGACACUGACACUGGGAUCACAAAAGAAUGUGAUGUUUCGAUAGCUCACCCUUGGAGCAAAGACAUUAUUAAAGGUGCAGCCAGAGAAGGUGGCCAUGCAGCAGCUAAACGAGAGGCAGCAAAGUCAAAAAAAUACUCAGAGGAAUCGCUUGCGGAUGGAUCGAAGCCUAUAGUUGUCCCACUCGUCUUUGAACACUUCGGCAGAUGGGGCUUAAAGGCUGACGAGCUGAUGAAUGAACUGGGGAAGAAGGCGAGAGGCUUUGAUGGAAGAAGAAUUGCGGUAGAGUUUAAAACCUUCUGGAGGAAAAGACUGUCUAUUACUCUUCAAAAAUGCAACAGCAGAGUGAUUUUGCGGAAGCUGUCAAGGCUUUCUGUGCGCUCAUUAGGAGAUGACAGUGUUUUGGGAGUAGAUAGAGACAUUCAGUGUUUUACUCAUUAGCAAUAGUCUCGGACUACAAGUAGAACAUUUCAUUUUAACAAUAACUGUUUGUAGUAGUGAAGAUUGUUGACAAUAAACUUGAU